GACCCUUAUAUAUAUUGCAUGGGUUAAACCGCCACCUUAAUUACUGAUUUUUGGCUUGUGUGUGCACGUGAGAGUGAGAGUGAGAGAGACGAAAGAGAAAAGCUUCAAAAGCCGGUGUUCAUAUCAAAUAAUAGAGAGAGAGAGAGAGAGAGAGAGAAUUAGCCAGUGAUAGAAAUGGAAAGAUGGAAUUUUGGGGCGAAUAGAAAGCUGAUGAUCGCACCGUCGGGAACCACGGUUCGAGGCGUUUUGAAGAAGAUAAUGGAAAAUCUUGAUAAAGAUGAUCCCAGCAGGCCAACUGUGCCUCUAGGCCACGGCGACCCCUCGCCUUUUCCAUGCUUUCGGACCACAGUCUUAGCUGAAGAUGCCAUUGUUGAUGCUGUCCGCUCUGCUAAGUUUAAUUCUUAUCCACCAACAAAGCUUGGACUCUUGCCUGCAAGGAGAGCUAUAGCAGAUUAUCUGUCUCAUGAUCUUCCAUACACGUUGACGCCGGACGAUGUUUUUCUCACAAUGGGAUGCGCCCAAGCAAUUGAAGUUACAAUUAGAGUCCUUGCCUGCCUAGGUGCCAACAUUCUGCUUCCAAGGCCAUGCUUCCCAUCCUAUGGUGCUCAUGCCUCAUCUAACAAUCUUGAAGUCCGUUAUUUUGAUCUGAUUCCAGAAAAGGGUUGGGAGGUUGACAUUGAAAGCAUAGAAGCUCUUGCUGAUGAGAAUACUGUUGCGAUGGUUAUCAUAAACCCUGGCAAUCCUUGUGGAAGUGUCUAUACACACCAACAGUUAAAGAAGAUUGCAGAGACAGCAAGAAAGCUGGGCAUUCUGGUGGUUGCAGAUGAAGUUUAUCACCAUCUCACUUUUGGAAAUAAUCCAUUUGUGCCAAUGGGAGUAUUUGGAUCAAUAGUGCCUGUUCUCACACUAGGGUCCAUAUCAAAGAGAUGGCUUGUACCAGGUUGGCGACUAGGAUGGCUUGUGACUAGCGAUCCUAAUGGCAUCCUUCGAAAAAACAAGGUUGUAGAUUGCAUUAUCAGUCUUCUCAAUCUGAUAUCUCAUCCACCAACGUUCAUUCAGGGUGCGGUUCCUCAUAUCCUUGAAAAAACAGGUGAGGAUUUCUUUUCAAAAAUUAUUGACAUCCUAAGGGAGGCCGCACAUAUAUGUUAUGAUAGAAUUAUCGAAAUCCCUUGCAUUACUUGCCCAAACAAACCUGUAGGAUCCAUGUUUGUGAUGGUUAAGCUAAAUCCAUCAUUAUUGGAAGACGUAAUUGAUGAUAUGGACUUCUGUCUCAAGCUGGCUAAAGAGGAUUCGGUUAUUGUUUUACCAGGGGUGGCCCUGGGGAUGAAGAAUUGGUUGCGCAUAACUUUCGCAGUUGAGCCUUCAGCUCUUGAAGAUGGCUUGGGGAGAAUUAAAGCUUUCUGUCAAAGGCAUGCCAAGAAACAAUAAAAUUUCUCCUAAAUUACAUAAUCCAGCAGUAGUAAACUAGUGAUCAACAACUACGCAUUGGAUCUAAAGCUCAAGCUGGUUACUCAUGGUGGUUUCCAUGAAUGAUAAGAAUAAUAAUUGUGGUAGGAUUCAUUAAUAAUAUCCCCUGUUUGAUGUUUUGCUACUCAAGCAAGACACCAUGAGGAAGGGAUUGUGAUGACUUUGUAAUUGGCAACUUCUUGUUGCACAAUCACAUGCUGUUGGUAUUGGUGACAGCUGAUCAGCAACAUCGCGUUGCAUGAUCUCAUGUUGUUAGCUCUUGUCCCUAUAAUUUCCUUGAACCUUAAAGAAGUUCUCAGAUGUUUGAACUCCAUUUGUCCAGUGAUGUUUGAUUAUUGAACCAGAAAAUAUUGUUCAUUUGGAGAUCACCGUCUCCCUUGAAUUUUCACCCAUGUUUAUGAUUGUAGUA